AUGCUGUGCGGUUGUAGUCUUUCGUUAGUGCCUCCGUUACCACUAACGUACUGCUCAAGUAGAAGGGACUGUGUGCUAAGAAUAGUUAAGCUUGACGUGUUGCGACACUUUUACUUACUGUGGCUUUGUGAGAAGGACCUUCUGAGUCUGUCGAUCGAUUCCGCCGAUGACUUCCGCACACUCGUAAACACAAAAGACAGAGAUGGACAAACGGCGAUGCACAUUGCGGCUUCCGAAGGUUACGAAGAUUCCGUCGAGCUUCUUCUGGCUGCUGGUGCUUAUCCAACGAUGGUGGACGAUUCUGGAAGAACCCCAUUGGGCCUGGCGAAGGAGAAUCUGCACAUGGGAGUCUGGCAGAUUCUGGAAGAUGCUGGAGCAAGAAUUAAUCCAGAAGAAGAAAAGUUCGAUGAAAAAUACUGGAUCAAAUGCAUCCAUUCAGCAGCAACUGAAAACAACGUAGAAGCAAUCGAGGAGCUUCUUUCCAUGGGCCUUGUGAAAAACGUUGAUGCCCAGAAAUCAAUUGCCACGGACGACUCACCCUUGGUCACAUCUCUCCGGAACUCCAACCACGAAACAGCAGAAUUUCUUCUGGACCACAAUGCGUCAAUUUUAAGGCGUCUUCGCGACGGACGCACGCCUCUGCAAGUCGCAGUCGAAACCGGGGAUUCACAGAAUGUAGCCCUGAUUUUGAAAUACGCAGAAAUACGGGGACAAACGGAACAAUGUCUACAAGAACGAGACCAGAGCAAACACACAGCACUACACCGUGCUUCUCAGCAGAACCUUGAGAUUAUUUUUCAGGUCCUUGGAGCUGGCGGUGACAUCUACGAACCUUUGCCUAAUGGAAAAAGCUUGGCCGAAAGCUCGGAGCACCCGAACAAAUCACUGUUCCUCCUUUGGAUCACACUGCGGACAAUUGUAGACUCAUUGUCGAAAACGGAGAAGGUCGCUGGCGAUCUUAUGACAAAUCUCGAUUUCGCUGCGGAGCUUGUGAAUCGUGCUCCGGUGCCAUCUCCUGCGCCGAAGACUGGGGAAAAACUACAAUUAGACGCAAAUUCAUUGUGGGACGAGUUCCGCGGAGCAGUUGCGGCUAACGACUCCGAAACAGUAUUGGAAAUCAUCGAUCAGUUCUGCGCUGGAGGAGAGAUACCGAAUGAGACGAACGAUCAGCUUCACAUUUUAUCCAAAGCUCUGCUUCACUAUUCUCGCCAUGGUGAUGACUUCAGAGUACUGCAGACGUUGCUCCGACAGGAUCUCGUGGAUGUUAACGUCACGGACUCCAGACUCAAUACACCAUUGCAUAUGGCAGUGCACAACGGGACACCUGCAUUUGUGGCAGCAUUACUUCACGCUGGAGCCAAUGUUUCGGCGUUGAAUGAUGCGUCUUUGUCGCCUUUGGACGUCGCGAUGUUUCGAAGGAUCGGAGUGGAAAGCCGUGACGACAUGGCUGUGAAGAGGAGAUGCGCGGAAGAGAUGGUUGAGUUCGUGGGCGGUGACGCGCUUCCUGAGGAACAUUUUGAAUUCAUCAAAAUACUGGAGAAUGAGAACAUGGAGCAGAUAAUACAGGAGAUCAGGCAAAAUCCGGAAAUUUGCUCUGCCGUUGACUUCAUGGGCCGCGGACCCUUGCAUUGGGUCGCAGACUUUCCGUACUGGGCGGAGGAAAUGAAAACUGCGGAAAUAGCGAAGGAACUCCUGCAAAUCUGCGGAACCGAUGCUGUGAAAAACACGGACAAGCGCGGAGACACGCCUCUGCAUUUAACCCGCAAGCCUUCCCUUGUCAAUUUCUUGCUGGAAUCCGGGGCAGAUCUCAAAGUCGUGAACAAGGCUGGUGACACGCCUUUUGACUGCAUCCGAGCCGAGAUGGAGAUCUACGACCAGCCUCCGGUGUCGCUCGCAUUCGACGACCUGGAGAAAUACCCUGUUCAGCGAGAGCAUAGAGACCUGAUGAUUAGUUUUAAAGAGCUGCAGCGACAGGAGAAUAUAUUUCUGAGAGUGCAACGAUCCGAGAGGAUAAAAUUCAAUCCCCAAUUGGAAGCUCAGCGCGAAGAUUUCCUGGACCUGGAAAACAGUGUGAUUGGACUGGAGAAGAGUAUUGCCAUGGCCAAGAAGGAGCUGGAAGAGGUUCGGGAAGCUUGAGAAUUACUCCUGGAGGCUGAACUUAAGGACGUACUUGAGUUGACGCAUUAUUGUUUUCAAACCCCCAUACUUUGUUUGACUAAUACAGCCAUACAAUGGUUCUCGUA